UUGGGGCCCCUCGGCGCAGGACCACUUUCGAAAAUGGUCGAAUUAAAUAUGGGGGGGUACCUACUACCAAUUACAAAAUGACGGCGCCCUAACGAGUUGGCCUGAGUUGGCUCCUCUUCGUCAGUUGUCACAUUCAUUCUGAUGGCAGCCAGGCACUCUGAUGCAGCAGCCUCAUGAUGAUUGUGUCAGGAACUUCAAACCCCAAGCUCGCAACGCUGGUCUAGUGUAGUGUAGGCGGCUGCCGCAAAUAUAAACUGAAGGGGCCAUGACGGGGCCAGGACAUCAUUUCUAGAAGUUCCUAAACUUGUAUCCAGAAACGACGGGACAGAAUUAAUUCUCACGUCAUUCACCGCAGCAACGGCCCUUCGAUGGAGGCGGCUUGUCAAGCUUGCAACGUCGUCCGGGUUCUAGAUUUGCCAGAGCCUCGGAGUCGAGCGUGGUCAAACUCAAUACCUGUUUCACCACUUCCAAGGAGAAGGUACCAGGCACGCAAGGGGGCGGGCACUUCUCCAGGCGCAGCUCCCUGUUUACGGGAUACAGAAAGAGGCCACAGCCGGCCACUCCGCAGAAUCACCUGCGCCGUCGCCGCCCCCGAAGCACCUGGCAGCAUAAAUGCCCCCAUCCACACCACCGACAACCGACAAGGGCCCGUAGUCGUGAUAGAUAACUACGACAGCUUCACAUACAACCUGUGCCAGUACCUGGGGGACCUCGGGUGCGAGCACGUCGUGUUCCGGAAUGAUGAGAUCAGCGUCCCCGAGCUUCGGGAGAUGGCGCCCCGGGGGCUCCUGAUCUCGCCCGGGCCAGGGACGCCUGAGGACUCGGGGAUUUCCCUGGAGACGGUGCGCGAGCUGGGGCCGAGCGUUCCGCUGUUUGGGGUGUGCAUGGGGCUGCAGUGCAUUGGGCAAGCCUUCGGGGGGCGAAUAGUCCGGGCACCACAUGGCGUCAUGCAUGGGAAAACAUCUCCAGUUUACCACAACCAAACCGAUCAAGAGUCGGGACUUCUGGUGGGCCUGAGCAACCCCUUCACUGCUGCGCGGUACCACAGCCUGGUCAUCGAGCGGGAGACCUUCCCCAACGACGAGCUGGAGAUCACGGCAUGGACCGAGGACGGCCUCGUCAUGGGAGCGCGGCACCGGAAGUACCCGCACAUCGAGGGCGUCCAAUUCCAUCCCGAAAGUAUCAUUACACAGAACGGAAAGCAGAUCGUCAACAAUUUCAUCUCGAAGUUAGUGCUCAUGAAAGCCUCCCAAGGUACAGGCUCGUAGAUCGUCCUGGGUUGAAUUAAGUUGUUUGAAUAUUCAGAGUGCAUGCUGAAAAACGAUUACCAACACAAUCUAGCAUACCGAUGGCAUGCCCCUAAAACGAAAAAGUGCGCGUACUACAAUGCGGGCUGGCAAGCACGUCGUACUCAAAAGUCACAAUAAACUCGGUCUCUAUACCGGCUUACAUCUCCAUGGGUCCAC